GUGUUGAAUUGAAUACAUCUUAUUUAGCCCAGCUUUUACGUUUCGCAUUUGGCAACUCAAUCACAAACAUGUAACAUGCUACUUUUCUUACCAAGAAGUUAACAAAACAUGAAUCUUUCCUUUCUAGCUAUAAAAGAAAGUGCACAGUAGCAUCCCAGCAAACCACACUCUCUCUCUUUUUUGCAACCCAACUUCAAAUUUCUAUCUACAAUGUCUAGAGCCAAACAGGUUAUUACAUGCAAAGCUGCUAUAUGCUGGGGUGUAGGAAAGGAAGUGACUGUGGAAGAGAUUCAAGUAGAUCCACCAAAGGCAACAGAAGUUCGUGUUAAGAUGCUGUGUUCCAGUAUCUGCCACACAGACAUCUCAAGUCUUCAAGGAUUUCCACAUAAUCAGUUUCCUCUAGCACUUGGACACGAAGGAAUAGGUGUUGUAGAGAGUGUUGGCGAUGAAAUAACGAAUCUAAAGGAAGGUGAUUUGAUAAUUCCGACAUACAUAGGAGAGUGUGGAGAAUGUGAGAAUUGUGUUUCAGGGAAAACAAAUUUAUGUUUGACACAUCCUGUGAGACUGACUGGUUUAAUGCCGGACAACACUUCGAGGUUGUCUGUACGAGGUCAAACACUGUACCAUGUUUUGAGCUGUGCUACAUGGUCAGAGUAUGUGGUUGUUGAUAUCAACUACCUUGUCAAAGUUGAUCCAACCAUUAAUCUACCUUAUGCUAGUUUCAUCUCAUGUGGUUUUUCAACUGGUUACGGAGCUUCUUGGAAAGAAGCCAUUGUUGAAACUGGUUCAACUGUAGCUGUUUUUGGUCUUGGUGCUGUUGGAUUAGGGGCGAUAAGUGGAGCCAAGAUGAUGGGAGCAAGUAAGAUAAUUGGUGUUGACAAAAAUGAGAUGAAGAAGGAAAAAGGAGAGGCUUUUGGAAUGACUCAUUUUAUAAAUAGUAAUGUUUCUGAUAAAUCUGCUUCUGAUUUGGUUAAAGAGUUAACUGGAACGGGUGUGGAUUAUUGUAUUGAAUGCACAGGUGUUGCAUCUUUGGUUACUGAAUCUAUGGAAGCCACAAAAAUGGGAACAGGCAAAACAAUUGCAGUUGGAAUAGGAGCUGAACCUGUUGUACCGUUAGGAGUUCGUGCUAUUCAGUUUGGUAGAACCUUAAAAGGUUCUGUUUUUGGAGGUAUAAAAGCCAAAUCAGAUCUUUCCAUCAUUGCUCACAAAUGUCAAAAACAGGAAUUUCCUCUUGAAGAAAUUUCUACACAUGAGGUCUCUUUGGUAGAUAUAAACAAAGGAUUUGAGUUAUUGAAACAACCCAAUUGUGUGAAAGUUGUCGUCAAGAUGUAGUGUUACAUUUAUUAUGGCAAAACCAAGUAUCAAUAAACUAUAGGCAGAAAAUAUUAGAGUUGUUCUUUUGCCUUUUUUUGAAAAAGUAGAAUUGUGUAUGGAUAAUAAUAUUUGCAUAAUGUAUGUGGACGUAUGAUUCAGGUGAUAAUUCAAUUUAUCAUCUAAUAACUUAGAAUUAAAUGGAUGAUUUAUUUUCGGGAUGUUGUAAGAUACAUCAUGUUCU